AUGAGCGGGGCCGGGGCAGCGCCGGGGGCGGCGGGCGCGGCGCGGGGGCUGCGAGUGGACGGGCUGCCCCCGCUGCCCAAGAGCCUGAGCGGGCUGCUGCACUCGGCGUCGGGCGGCGGCGCGACAGGGGGCUGGCGGCACCUGGAGCGGUUAUACGCGCAGAAGUCGCGCAUCCAGGACGAGCUGAGCCGCGGGGGCGCGGGCGGCGGCGGCGGCGCCCGGAGCGCGGCGCUGCCCACCAAGCCGCCCAACCUGGACGCCGCGCUGGCCCUGCUUCGCAAGGAGAUGGUCGGCCUCCGACAGCUGGACAUGUCCUUGCUCUGCCAGCUGUACAGCCUCUACGAGUCCAUUCAGGAAUACAAGGGAGCCUGCCAGGCGGCAUCCAGCCCAGACUGCACUUACGCCCUGGAGAAUGGCUUCUUCGAUGAGGAGGAGGAAUAUUUCCAGGAGCCGAGCUCGCUCCAGGACAGGAGGGAACGAGGUCCUCCGAGGGACCCGGCCCUGCCCGCCUCCUCCCUCUCCAGCAGCGACUGGAUUCUGGAUUCCAUCUAGAGGGUCCCCAGAAGGAGGCGCUCACUGCUGGACCCGCAGCCAGCACUCGCUUCUCCUGCAAGAAGGCGCCUCUGCCCCUCCUGGGGGCGGUUCCCAGGACCGUGGGACCAGUGCUCCAGGUCUGUGGGCAGGGAGCUCUCCACGGACGCCUGGUCUGUUUUGAUCGCUGAGUUCCUGCUUGGGUGAUUUAGAGGCGCUCAGCAGUAUCCUCGACACCCGGUACCCAGACCCUCGUGCCGGGACUCAGAAUGAGAAUACGACACGAGAACCCGGAGAAGAUCCUCAGGGGUGUUUCCUGCGGGACGACUUCCAGCCGGUUGCUUCCUGGCCCGCGGUAGAUGGGCUUGCCUCUGGUCUGCGAUGAACGGAACUAGCAUUUCCCUGCUCCCUUCCUUUGGCAACCUUUCUCUGCUGUCUCGUGAGCUUGUUGAGCUCCCUGUCGAGCUUUAUUUAUUUGUAAGCUGCAUUACUAACUGUCUGGAUGACUCAGUGAAAGCUUUUUACUGAAAAAGUAAACAUUUCAGGUCACACCAAUCACUGCAUUCUCUUGUCGGAAUUGAUGUCAUCCUCUGCCAUCAGCUGUAGGAGGAAGGAAGGGAACACAGAUAUGCUGACGGGACAAGGUCCUGCUCGCGCCCUUCGCCGUCGGGGCAGAUGUGUUUGCUUUAAAAGAUUCUGCAUGGUAACUAGAAUGUUAGAAAGAGACCCCCCUUCUUCACUCAGAACAACGAUCACCCUAAGCCUUAAUAUAUUUAUUAAAAAUCCUUUAUGAACACUUUAUACUUUGUAGGUUAAAAAUGAGGAUAAAAUGUUGAACUCUGUCUGUGGUUGUGUGUUAUUUUGGUCUGAAUUUAGAAUCAUCCACUCUCAUAGCUGGCACGCAUUGACUCUAAUCAAAUACGGAAAGAAAAUUACAGUUUGUUUUCUUGCCGUGAAGAAUGUGAAAGAAGUUUCGUUCCUCUGUUAUCUUCUCGGAGAUGCACCCACAGCGGACCAUUGGCAGUGAGGCCUCAGAGCUGCUCGGCCUUUGAAGACUCCAGACCCCUCACGCCUCUUCCUCCUGUUGGUGCAGUAAUUGCUUAUUAGCAGCUCUCGGGGGUCAGAGAGGAUGUAAAGCGCAUCCUCAUGAACCGCGUGUGGACGGCCUGUUGUGUACCCGCUCUGCGCCAGGAACUGGGGUGAGGUGCAGUGAGGAGGAAGCGCAUUCCUGCUUAUUUCCUGUGUUGAAAUAAGUGAGGGGUGGCUUUCAGCGCGUGACACUGUUCAGUGGGGACAGGUAAAGUGCUAAGACCAGGGGGAGUCUGAUCAUCUGUAGAAACCUAUUCCUUUGAGGCUGGGCUCCUGCUUAACCUUAGCUCAGCAGUUCUCAACCUCAGUCACUUCAGGAUCUUUUAGAAAAAUAGCCUGGCUUGGGACCGCCGGCUUCGUUCUGAUUUACUUAGUAAGGAGGGGGUCCUGGGCAUGUGGAGGGGUACACAAGCAGAUCUAGUUGAAAGCUCGUGUUCACAACGUGGUCCGUGGAGCACACAGCCCUGGAAAGACGUUAGAGAAGCACAGGCUUGUGCCCACCCAGACCUGCUGACUUGGGCCUGUGUCAGCAGGGUGCUCCGAGGCGUCUUGUGCACCAAGGUUAGGAAGCUCAGCUGUGUUAAUGCGGCGACCGUG